GCCCCUCCCCCUCCGGCCUGGAUCGCGCCCCCGCCAGCACCAGCGCGGGAUGGAACAAAAGCGGAACUUUUAAAAUGUUGCCCUGUAAGAAGAGAAGAACUACAGUGACAGAGUCCCCGCAGCAUAAGGGCAACCAGGAGGAAGAUGACUUAGAUCUAGAGUCAGCUGUUAAACCAGAAUCGGACCAGGCUAAAGACUUGGGCUCACUGUCCUGGGGUCCAAGUCAUGGCAGUGCAGUUGGCCUUGAAGUUCAAUCUGUGCAGGAUGCAGGAGAUCAGCUUGGUAUAGAGGAUCCAUCUAUGAACUCUAGGAUGCUCACCCAGCAUACAGAUUUACCAGUUUUGGAAGCUGUUGACAUUGCCAUCUCUCAAGGAAUCACCCUACCUUCCUUAGAGUCUUCCCACUCCCUUAAUAUACAAAUUGGUAAAGGAAAACUCCAGGCUACUGCCUCAAAGAGAGGGAAGAAAAUUGUCCUCAGGCCCAACCUGGUUACUCAAGAAGACAGAGGUGAUCAGCUUGUCAUAAGGGAGCCUUUUUCAGAAGAGCCUAGUGAAGAAGUUAAGGAAGAAGGAGGAAAACCUCAAAUGCAUUGUGGAGGGGAGAUAACUUUACUGCCACCAGGCAGCCAAUCUGCAAACCCAGAAGCCCAGCUUAGGAAAUCACCCCAGCCAGAUGUUUGUGCUUCUCAAGAAAAGCCACUCAAGACUCUGGCUCAACAUUCUGAGGAAGAGGUAGAGGAUGGUGGACUCUUUAUUACAAUGGAAGAGCAAGACAACAAAGAAAGUGAGAAAAGGAGAAAAACAAAAAAGGGUACCAAGAGGAAAAGAGAUGGAAGGGGUCAAGAGCCAGGGACCUUGGCAUGUGACCUGAAACUGGAUGACAUGCUUGAUCGUACCUUAGAGGACGGUGCCAAGCAGCACAACCUGACAGCGGUCAAUGUGAGAAACAUCCUUCACGAAGUAAUCACAAACGAACAUGUGGUAGCUAUGAUGAAAGCAGCCAUCAGUGAGACAGAAGACAUGCCAAUGUUUGAACCUAAAAUGACACGCUCUAAAUUGAAGGAAGUGGUGGAGAAAGGAGUGGUUAUCCCAACCUGGAAUAUCUCACCAAUUAAGAAGGCCAAUGAAAUUAAGCCUCCACAGUUUGUGGACAUCCAACUUGAAGAAGACGAUUCCUCAGAUGAAGAAUACCAGCCAGAUGAAGAAGAGGAAGAUGAGACUGCUGAAGAGAGUUUAUUGGAAAGUGAUGUUGAAAGCACGGCUUCGUCUCCACGUGGGGCAAAGAAAUCCAGAUUGAGACAGUCUUCUGAGAUGACUGAAACAGAUGAGGAGAGUGCAAUACUAUCAGAGGCUGAGAAAGUCACCACACCUGCCAUCAGGCACAUCAGCGCUGAGGUCGUGCCCAUGGGACCUCCACCCCCUCCAAAGCCCAAACAGACCAAGGACAGUACUUUCAUGGAGAAGCUACAUGCAGUAGAUGAGGAGCUGGCUUCUAGUCCUGUCUGCAUGGAUUCUUUCCAGCCCAUGGACAGCAGUCUCAUCGCAUUCCGAACCCGGUCUAAGAUGCCCCUGAAAGAUGUUCCCCUGGGCCAAUUAGAGGCAGAACUUCAAGCUCCAGAUAUCACCCCAGACAUGUAUGACCCCAAUACAGCUGAUGAUGAGGACUGGAAGGUGUGGCUGGGGGGACUUAUAAAUGAUGAUGUAGAGAAUGAAGAUGAAGCAGAUGAUGAUGAUGAUCCAGAAUACAAUUUCCUGGAAGAUCAAGAUGAACCAGACACAGAGGACUUCCGUACUGACCGGGCAGUAAGAAUCACCAAAAAGGAAGUGAAUGGGCUGAUGGAAGAACUGUUUGAAACUUUCCAAGAUGAGAUGGGAUUCUCCAACAUGGAAGAUGACGGUCCGGAGGAGGAGGAGCGUAUGACUGAAUCUCGGCCUAACUUUAACACCCCUCAAGCCUUACGGUUUGAGGAACCACUGGCCAACUUGCUAAAUGAACAGCAUCGGACAGUGAAGGAGCUACUUGAACAGCUAAAGAUGAAGAAAUCUUCAGCCAAACAGCAGCCAGAGGUAGAGAAGCUUAAGCCUCAGAGUGAGAAAGUCCAUCAGACUCUGAUUCUGGACCUAGCACAGAGGAAAAGACUCCAGCAGCAGAUGCAACAGCAUGUUCAGCUUUUGACACAAAUCCAUCUUCUCUCCACUUCCAAUCCCAACCUCAGUUCGGAGGCCAGUACCACCAGGUUAUUUCUUAAAGAACUGGGAACCUUUGCGGAAAACUCCAUCACCCUUCACCAAGAGUUCAAUCCCAAGUUUCAGACCUUGUUCCAACCCUGUAAUUUGAUGGGAGCUAUGCAGCUUAUUGAAGACUUCAACACACAUGUCCACAUUGACUGGAGUCCUCGCAAAACUGUCAAGAAGACUGCUGGUGAAUUUCCCUGUUUGCCAAAGCAAGUGGCUUGGAUCUUAGCCACAAGCAAGGUUUUCAUGUAUCCAGAGCUUCUUCCAGUAUGUUCCUUGAAGGCAAGUAAUCCUCAUGAUAAGAUCAUCUUCACCAAGGCUGAGGACAAUUUGUUAGCUUUAGGACUGAAGCAUUUUGAAGGGACUGAAUUUCCUAAGCCUCUAAUCAGCAAGUACCUUGUAACCUGCAAGACUGCCCACCAACUGACAGUGAGAAUCAAGAACCUCAACCUGAACAAAGCUCCUAACAACAUCAUCAAAUUUUAUAAGAAGACCAAACAGCUGCCAAUUCUAGUCAGGUGCUGUGAAGAGAUCCAGCCACAUCAAUGGAAGCCACCCAUAGAGAGAGAAGAACACCGGCUACCAUUCUGGUUAAAGGCCAGUCUGCCAUCCAUCCAGGAUGAAUUGAAGAACAUGGCUGAUGAUGCUAGAGCGGUAGGAAAUGUCAGUGGAACCACUGAGAUCAACACAGACCAUGACCAAGAAAAAGCCAGACCAGAAUUGGGGAAUGAAACUCGGUACCCACUGCUGUUGCCCAAGGGUGUAGUACUGAAAUUGAAGCCAGUUUCCAAGCGUUUUUCCAGGAAGGCUUGGAGACAGAAGCGGUCAUCAGUUUUGAAGCCCCUCCUUAUCCAACCCAGUCCCUCUGUCCAGCCUAGUUUUAACCCUGGGAAAUUACCAGCCUGGCCAACUCAAUCUGAAGCCCCACCAAAUAAAAUGGUGGUCCAGAUUCCUCACCUGAUCCAGCCAGCCACUGUCUUACAGACAGUUCCAGGUUUCCCUCCCCUGGGAGUCAGUGGGGAAGAUAGUUUUGAGUCUCCUACAGCAGUACCUGCUAUGCCCUCUGAGGCCAGGACCAGCUUUCCUCGGGCUGAGUCCCAGACCCUGCUUUCCUCUGCCCCUGUGCCCAAGGUAAUGCUUCCUUCACUUGCCCCUUCUAAGUUUCGAAAGCCAUGUGUGAGACGGAAACCCUCAAGAAGAAAGGGCACCAAGGCCUCUCCUUGUCUGAAACCUGCCCCCCUCAUCCACCCCACACCUGUUAUCUUCACUGUUCCUGCUACCACUGUGAAGGUUGUGAGCCUUGGCAGUGGCUGUAACAUGAUCCAGCCUGUCAAUGCAGCUGUGGCCCCAAAUCCCCAGACCAUUCCCAUUACCACCCUUCUGGUUAACCCUACUUCUUUCCCCUGCCCGUUAAAUCAGCCCCUUGUAGCAUCCUCCAUCUCACCCUUAAUUGUUUCUGGAAGUUCUGUGAAUAUUCCUGUACCAUCCACAGUUGAAGAUAAGGCCCAAGUGAACAUGGACAUUGCUUGUCCUUUGGCUGAGGGAAAAAAUGCCUUUUUAAACCUUGAACCCAAAUUAGAACCCCAGGAACUAACUCCUCUCUGUAGUACUGUCUUCCCCAAAGAAGAGCACAGCCCAGGGUCUCCGCCAGCAGAGAGGGAAAGCCAGGAAGGAUUGUCUGAGAAGAAUGCCUAUGGCUGGACUGUUGUGAAAACUGAAAGCCAGGAAGGGUUGUCAGAGAAGAGUGCCUGUGGCUUGGCUGUUGUGAAGAUAGAAGAGGGAAGGCAAACUUUGGAGCCACUGCCUCAAGGUUUCCAGGAUUCUCUAAACUCUCCCCCUGGGGAAUUAGAGGAAAUUGUCAAGAUGGAACCUGAGGAUCCUGGGGAGGACAUUGCCAGAGUGUUCCCCGAGCAGGACAUUUGUGAUAAAAUAAAAAAAGAACACUCUGUGGAAUUGGACACUGGCUCCCUAAAAGAGGAGCUGAACAGUGCUAGAGAGGCGAGGAAACAGAUGGUCCUGCAGAAGGAGGAAGAGAGGAGUCAGCCAGCUAAAUCCCCUUCAGCUUCUCAAGAGUCUCCUGACGAGGGAAACCCAGGCAGAGAUGUGAGCAAAGGAUUACUGAAGAAUGCUUCAUCCUCCACGGACCAAGAAAUGGUGCUUAGCAGUCCCCCCGGGAAGCCUGAAGAUUCAUACAGUGUUGAUGGUCAGUCAGUGGGGACACCAGCAGGGCCAGAAACUGGAGGGGAGAAGGACGGGCCAGAGGAAGAAGAAGAAGAGGACUUUGAUGACCUUACCCAAGAUGAGGAAGAUGAAAUGUCAUCGGCUUCUGAGGAAUCUGUGCUCUCUGUCCCUGAACUCCAGGAAACAAUGGAGAAACUGACUUGGCUGGCAUCUGAAAGGCGCAUGAGUCAGGAGGGGGAGUCUGAGGAGGAGAACUCUCAGGAGGAGAACUCUGAGCCAGAAGAAGAGGAGGAAGAGGAAGUGGAAGGAAUGGAAGGCCUACAGAAAGAGGAUGAAAUGACUGAUGAAGCAGUUGGAGAUGCUGUGGAGAAGCCCCCUUCCACCUUGGCCUCACCCAAGACUGCUCCAGAAGUGGAGACUAGCAGAACUCCACCUGGAGGGAGCAUGAAAGCUGCUGGAAAGGGCCGGAGCAAACAUCGAGCUCGAAACAAGCGGGGAAGUCGGGCUCGGGCCAGCAAGGACACCUCCAAGCUGCUGUUGCUAUAUGAUGAGGACAUUCUCGAGCGGGAUCCACUCAGGGAGCAGAAGGAUUUGGCCUUUGCCCAGGCUUAUCUGACCAGGGUACGAGAAGCCUUACAACACAACCCUGGCAAGUAUGAAGACUUUCUUCAGGUCAUCUAUGAAUUUGAAUCAAGCACCCAGAGGCAGACUGCUGUGGAUCUCUACAAAAGCUUGCAAAUUCUCCUCCAGGACUGGCCUCAGCUGUUGAAGGACUUUGCUGCUUUCCUGUUACCUGAGCAAGCUCUUGCCUGUGGAUUAUUUGAGGAGCAGCAGGCUUUUGAGAAGAGUCGCAAAUUCCUUCGGCAGCUAGAGAUUUGCUUUGCAGAGAACCCCUCACACCACCAAAAGAUUAUCAAGGUCCUCCAAGGCUGUGCAGACUGCCUCCCUCAGGAAAUCACUGAGCUCAAGACACAGAUGUGGCAGCUCCUUAAGGGUCAUGACCACCUACAGGAUGAGUUCUCCAUCUUCUUUGAUCACCUGCGCCCAGCAGCUAGCCGGAUGGGUGACUUUGAGGAGAUCAAUUGGACUGAAGAAAAAGAGUAUGAGUUUGAUGGCUUUGAAGAAGUGGCGCUGCCUGAUGUGGAAGAGGAAGAAGAACCUCCCAAAAUACCCACAGCCUCAAAGAACAAGAGGAGAAAAGAGAUUGGAGUCCAAAAUCAUGAUAAGGAGACUGAGUGGCCAGAUGGGGCCAAGGACUGUUCCUGUGCCUGCCAUGAAGGAGGUCUUGAUUCCAAGAUGAAGAAGAGCAAGAGGAGAAAUUGCAGCCACUGUAGCAGCAAGGUCUGUGACAGCAGAUCCUACAAGAGCAAGGAGUCCCAUGAGGUGGUGGGCAGCAGCCCCCACCGAGCAGCCAGUCCUAUGCCUGGUGCUAAGGAAGCAGGGCCAGGCAAGGAUGUGGUGGAAGAGGAAGCUCUGGAGGAGCGGGAGAACGCUGAGGCAACUCAGAGCAAGACUAGCAGGACUACCAGAAAGGGAGAGAUGCCCAUUCCAGGAUUGACAGUGGGGAGCACUUUGCUGUACCCUCAAGAAGUGACUCUUACAGAACAGCUUCUGGAGGGCCCACCACCUUGCUCACCAGAGACUGCUCAGCUUCCUCCCCAAACUGGACCUGUACUCUCCACUGUUAGGAGAAACCAGGAUGGGCCUGAGGUUCUCUCCUGCCCCAAUGCAUCUCUCAAACUUCAUAAAGAGGGAGAGUGCCAAAAGGCAGUGGGUGACUCAGAGGCUCCUAUGCUGGUCUUGGAUGCAUCAGAAACUGAAAAGCUGCCGAGUACUGUUGAGGCCCCUGCUUCCUUCCUGAGUCCUAUUUCCUCAAGGACCAGAGAUGUAGGGAAAAGACAUGUGUCUGGGAAACCAGAUACUCACGAGAGCUGGUUGCCCUCAUGUAGAGUUGGGGCAAAGACAGCAGACAAGAUGUCCCCUGUCCGUGAAUCUUCAUCAGGAAUUCAUACCUCAGAGACUUCCCUCAAGGCCCCCAAAGGGGAUCUGGCUAAAGAUAGUGUUCAAGGCAAGGGCUCAGAGCAGCAAGGGGAACAACAGCCAAAGGCCACAGAAGCUACAGUGUGUGCCAACAACAGCAAGGUCAGCUCCACUGGGGAGAAGGUUGUCCUCUGGACAAGGGAAGCCGACAGAGUGAUUCUCACCAUGUGCCAGGAGCAAGGAGCACAGCCACAGACCUUUAGUAUCAUCUCUCAACAGCUGGGAAAUAAGACCCCUGCUGAGGUUUCUCACCGCUUUCGAGAACUCAUGCAGCUCUUCCACACGGCCUGUGAGGCCAGCUCUGAGGAUGAGGAUGAUGCAACCAGCACCAGCAAUACAGACCAGCUGUCUGACCACGGGGACCUGCUGUCUGAGGAGGAGCCAGAUGAGUGA